GCCAGUGUGUGUGAGAGGGAGCGUGGAUGAGGGGGGGAAGAGGGAAAAGGGGGGUGCGACAGAGAAAGAGAGAGGCGAGGGAUGCCUGUUUGGAGCAGCAGGCAUCAGGGGGAGAAAGAGAUGGCAUAUUAGACCAUUACCAUGAGCAGAGCCCAGGGCCUCUGCUGAAGAUCUGUUCCAUCUCUUAAUAAACAUAUUGCACCAAAUGUCUCCUGUCCCUGGCAGGACCUUGCCAGCUGGUACCUUCACUCCUUCUGAAGCCUGAAAAAGCAAGGGAAGUUUAAUUUUCCUUUUUUCUUUUCCCAUUGAAAAGGGAGUUGCAUAGAAAUAUAUUUUAAGGAGUGCGGGGGGAGGGAAGCAGGGGCAGAGCUGGAAUCAGGAGAGCUGCAGAUUUGCUCCUUUUAGGAGUUCUGUGUACCUGGAGGUGCUGAAUGUGAGCUCUUCUGAGUUCCCCCAAGCCUAGCAGUGGCUGUAGAUGUGUGCCUGUGUGUAUGCUUAACCCUUUCUUGGCUCCUGGGAUUAAUACCAUGCUGAAGAUCCUCACCAAAAAGCUCAGGAACCAGAGUUUGAAUGAGAUUCAGCCUUUCCAGCUCAAGAUCUCCUAUCCCCCAAGUGAUGAGGACAGCGACGACUCUGAGGGCGAGAACCAGGAACUUGCUCAGAUUGACAGAGAGAGAAGACGGAAUUGUAACCUGAUGCCCUUAGCCACCAACCAGCUCCAGAACCAGGAGAAUCAGUGCUGCAAGGUGCGAGCCCUUUUCCAUGCCAGCCUGGAUCGCCACAGCUCAGAGGAAGAACUGGAGCGCAUCAACCGAGAGUUUGCUGCUGAGAAACGGAAGUGGUCACAGGUCAGCAGACUAGCCUGUUGUAGUGAUAGCAACAACACAUCCUCCAGUGAUGAAGAAGUGAAGAACUUGUGUGGCAUGACUUUCCGGCCUGUGGUGGAACAGGCAGACAGCCUGCAUGCUAGUCCAAGCCCAGUGCUGUUCAGUGCCUCCCCACCUAAGAGACUCCAGCCCUUGGUUCGGAACCCAGCCUCCAGACCUUUGAUCUUCACAAGUGUUGGGGCUGGUUUUGAGCAAGUCAUGCCUUGUAAGAGACACCGGCAAGGAUAUGGGGAUAAGGUCAGCAGGCCCAGCCUUGACCUGGAAAAAAUGCAGCAGAAGAUGCUGCUCAAGAAGAACUGUGGAGCAAAGACAAGAGUUAUUAAAAUUCGUAGUAUCAAUGGGAACCGCCCACCACCCCACUUUGUAUAUGAUCCAUCGAACUUUGCCUUCCGGUCCCUCAGCACCUUGAAGCCUCUGAGCCCAAUCGCUCCGGUAGAAGAACCGUCAUGUGCCUACUAAAGGAGAUUCUCCAAAACCUCAGGAACUGUUGUACCAACUACCUGCCUGGCAGGGGUGGGGAGGGUAAGGGGGCGGAGGGAGGGUGUGUGUGGGGGGGACAUCUUUGCAAUAACAAUCUCUCUGGCAGCAGGAAACAGGUGGCUUGGCAGCAGUGCCUGGUUUCAUAUCAUCACCACAUCUGAAGGGUGGCGGAAGGGGAGAGUUGCUGUUUGGAGUGAAAAGAGCACAUCAGCUUCAUGAACUACAGGGAAAUCUGGAAGACUGCGAGAGGCAUGAGGACAUGCUAGGAAUAUGUAGCCCUAAAGGGUUAGCAGAUAGAUAGUCACUGUGUUAGAUGGCAACAAUGGCAAAAAGGCAUGUGGAUGACAACUACCUUCAAAUCUGGUAGAUUUUUUUCCAGAUGCUCUGCCUUAUAAUGUCUUGCUUUUGGACAAGCUACAUCUCCCAGGCUGAAGCAUUCUAAGGCUGGAGAUAAAAGUUAUGGAGGGCUUCUCAUGAAGUGAACUGGGCCCUGCUACAAUGUCGUCAGAAUUAGGAUUAUUCUAAGUUCUACUACAAUCAAGGAGGUGUCCCGUUGGAAUAGGAGAUGGGGAUUGUCAUGGUAGAGACUGUAGGUGCUUGCUGUAAGUGUUCUCCAUUGGAGGCGUUGGUUUAAUCUAAAGGUGGUUAAAACAGGGAAGCAAAGAGCAGCAGGGUUAGGGGGCAUCCUCAUGGGCUCUGCUGGGCUUUGCUGUGGAUUUGGAGGGUCUGUGUGCUCAGCCACUCAAGGAGGCUCAGGCAUCUGCUUCCAGUCUUCACACAACAUGGCAAGAGCGGACAAGCUAGUGGGGUUGUACACGCAAAGGGUUCCUCUCCUCAACGACUACAUCUACACUAGAGGAAAUGCAAUGCUUGAAUCAGGUAUUUCCCCUUCAGUUUCCCCACUCUCCCCCUUCAACUCCAAUGCUGAUCAAAGAUGUCAUGCAAUAUAGCUGGUGUCAUGCAACUCGAUCAAGUCCAGUGUCCUGGGAAGCCUGCUGAGCCCUUGUCCUGCUUUGCCUCCCUUCCUCAUAUGGAUGCUGAACUCACUGAAUUCUGGUCACAUGAACAGAGCAAAUCUUUCCCACACUGGCAGGGGAACCAUGGAUCAGGUGACUUGUUGUUAACCUCCUUUGUUGAAAUCCAGCAGUUUCUCUAAGGUAGAUGUAUCAUGUGCUGUUUGAACCAUACUGGGCCUCAGCACUACUGAGACUUGCAGCAGUUUUUGCCAUCCAUUGGGUGGCGGUGUGGUUUUGUGCUACCAUGGUACAACUAAUUUGGGGAUGUCCUUGUCUUACUUGGCUGGGAAGGGAUGUAAGGAACCUCCCUGUGUUCAGCUAAGAUCUGAUCUUGCUUCUCAGUCUGGUGCCAAGAGCAGACACUUUGCACUGUGAGCAAGAGGCCUGGCCAAAUGGGGAAGGGGCAAUAAGCUGCAUCCACCUGAGAACUGAGACAGCCUACUACUUCCCUGCAGGAAGAGGAGUGAACUGGAAGGAUUGCAACUUUCUGAAGCACUUCUUCUAGUUCUAGUGUGGAGAUCUUUGAUAUCUCUUUACCCAGUGCCCAGGAGACAGAGCCCACCUCAUAAACCAGUAUCACAGGUGGCACCAACUGGGGCGCUGCACUGGGAAUUUCAGUAGAGAGGCCAGAGACCAAGUAGCUCAAGGGAGCCUAAUCUCUCCUUUCAGCCCUGAGGCUGGUUGCCACCUGCUCAGGUUGGAGCCGAGACACACAGUUAGGGGAGGGCAGCGAUGGGGAAACUUGUAUUACUUUUGCCUUCUUCCUACCUGUUCUGUGGAUAGGAGACUUCAUGGCAGUAUCUAAAGCAGGGAUGGGCAACUAUUUGGGCUGGAGGGCCACUUAAUGGCCACAUCCACGUGAGCAUGGAUAUUUGGUUCCCUGGAAACAACUAGCAGUGGGACACCUUGUGCCGCUGCUAGUUGUCCCUGGGGAAUGCCUGUGCCACACGCCCUCAGGCAAGUUACCCUGGGUUCCUGGGGCAUCCUAGGGUGAAGCAGUGGUGAUCCUGCUGCUUGGAGCCUGGCUGACAGCUGGAGUGUGGCUCCAGCUGACCAGGCUUCGCUUUUGAGCAGCGUGCACUGCCCCUGCAUACACCACUCUGCUUUUUUUUUUUGGUACAGAUUUUUUUGACCCCUGGAUAUCUAGGGGUUAACUCCCCUUCCCCCCAAGUGCUUUUCCUUUGCAGCACGGAGAACAGCUAAAUGUAAUGCAGGGCCGUGCUCACCUGGACACAGCCAGUGAAUUUUUUGUGAGCUGUUGAGGGCUGCACACACAAACGUGCACACAUGCACAUACACAUAUGCACGUGUGCUCCUCACAGCCGGGCCGGGGCUGGGGCCAGAGCAGCAGCAGGAGUGGGAGCAUAAGCCCACCCUCCCGCUCCCUCCUCCCCCCUCCCAGCACCUGCCAGCUGUGUCCACAGCUGGGGAUGCAGCAGUGGAGCCUGGGCAUGGGCCUCCGCACUCUCCCACCCUGCCAUCAGGGCUCCUGGCGUGUACACCCUCUGCCCCCGACCCUGUGGCUCCCAGGAGCCCUGAUGGCAAGGCAGGACAGGACAGUGCCCAGGCCUGCAGUCAGGCUCCAUCCCCUGUGGGCAGAUGCUAGGUUCUGCUGGUGCCGCAGGGGAUCCUGGGUAGAAGCAGCCCUGCCCAGCUGCCAUACUGUGCAGUGGCGGGAGUCACCAGAGCCCCAACUCAGCUCACCCAGAGACUGCUGCACAGUACCACCACCUGCCCUCAGGCCAGAUAAAAUCAAUUGGUGGAUGGAUCUGGCCCAUGGGCUGUAUUUUGCUCACCCCUUAUCUAAGGCCUCCUUCACCAGCAUUAACUGAAGGAAGUAGUUCUCAUUUAUUUGCUGGGGGCUUCUGUUGAGAGGGAAAGCUUUGCUGACCGCCAGCACCUCUUUGGUGUUUCAAAGAAGAUGCUCUUUCUUAUUUCUCCUCCUCCCUCCAGCAGGGGUACUUGGCUUAUUCCAUUUCCAUGAUACAUAUGAGCUUUAAUCACAGUCAUUCCAACUGGAGCAAUGCAUGGUGAGAACUAUAGCCUCCUUAGGCCACACCUCCGUAUUAAAGACAAAGGUAGCUAUGCCCUGGCUCUCUCUUCUGCUAAUCAGAUGCCACAGUGGCCCUUUAUGCUAAGGCUUCAGGCAAUGCUACUGGAAUCAGACCUAGGAAGGCACUGUGCCUAGUGCUGAGGAAGCUGUUCUCAUUGGCCUAAGAGGUGCUAUGUGCUACUGUCCCAUGUGAUAUUCCAAGAGUUUGGAGUAGAGUUUCCAAGAGUAGAAAUGGAGAGCAGAGGAUACCUGUCAAUAUUGUUGCCUUUUAGUACUUUUGUAACUUUUCUCUCUCUUCUUUGUCAAUCAGAAAAAAAAUAAAGUUUAACAGCUGCUCUGUUCA